UCAAGAAGCUCAUACAUUAUGAUGCACCAAUUAACAUAGAGCGUAAUCAUCAUAAAGGAGAGUAAUAUCUUCAAUUUCGAACCAACACCAUGGACUUCGAAAACCUCCUCUCCCAACCAGCCAUAUUCACCAUGGCUCUGCUAUUCUUCUCUCUCUUUGCUCUUUCAUUUCAAUCAAAAAGGCACAUCCACAAAGCCGGAGCAAGAAAAGCACCACCAGAAGCUGGUGGAGCAUGGCCGCUAAUUGGACACCUCCACCUCUUAGGUGGCCAACAGCCACCGCACGUCACCUUGGGCAACAUGGCCGACAAAUAUGGACCCAUCUUCACCAUACGCAUAGGCCGCAAGAAUUUAUUAGUCGUGAGCAACAGCGAGAUAGCUAAAGAGUGCUUCACUGUGAACGACAAAGCUUUCGCUGGCCGCCCUAAAAUGAUAGCCUAUGAAAUUCUAGGUUACGACUAUGCCAUAUUUUCGUUCAAAUCCUAUGGCCCCAGUUGGCGUAACCUCCGCAAGAUGGCCAUCUUGGAAGUCCUCUCCGGCCACAAGAUACAUAUGAACAGUCACGUGAUGUUAUCGGAGGUGAAAACCGCAAUGAACGAUAGUUACAAUAAUAGCAACAACAAGAGUAUGGCGGUUACGGAGAUGGAUAAAUGGUUUGGCGAGAUUAGCCUAAACGUGAUGUUCAGGUUGGUGGUGGGAAAGCGUUUCACCGGUCACAGUGAAGAGAACGAACGAAUCCGGAAAGCGCUGAGGGAUUUCUUUGAUCUCGGUGCGUCGUUUGUGGUUGCUGAUUCAAUUCCGUGGUUGAGAUGGUUGGAUUUGGAUGGGGGAGAGAAGGCCAUGAAGAAAACGGCGAAAGAGUUGGAUGAAUUUGUUCAGAACUGGUUAGAAGAACACAGACUUAGCAGAAAUCAUGGCGCAGAGCGUGAUUACAUGGACAAGCUUAUUUCCAGUUUCGAUCAAGGCUUCGGCGGUCACGACGUUGAUACUCUAAUCAAAGCUGCAUGUCUGACAUUAAUUUUGGGUGGUACAGACACCACGACAGGGACACUUGGUUGGGCUCUUGCUUUACUUUUGAAUAAUCGCCAAGUUCUAAAUAAAGCUGUUCAUGAAUUAGACAGACAUAUAGGAACUAAUAGAAUGGUGAUAGAAACGGAUCUAAACAGUCUUGUGUAUCUUCAAGCCAUUGUCAAAGAAACAUUCCGCUUGUACCCGCCGGCGGUGCUCAGUUUGCCUCACGAAUCCAUGGAUGAUUGUGUGGUGGGUGGAUACCAUAUCCCUGCUGGCACACAACUUUGGACUAAUAUUUCAAAAAUGCAACGAGAUCCUGCUUUAUAUCCUGAUCCAUUAGAGUUUCGACCGGAGAGAUUUCUGACAACUCACAAAGACAUUGAACUUAAGGGUCAGCACUUUGAAUUGAUUCCAUUUGGUGCAGGAAGAAGAAUGUGUCCUGGAAUGUCAUUUGGUCUUCAAAUGGUGCAGUUAACACUUGCUAAUGUGCUGCAUGGGUUUGAUAUUGCAACAGCCGAUGGAAAACCAGUUGAUAUGGUUGAACAUGCUGGGAUAACCAAUGUCAAAGCCAAUCCGCUCAAAGUAAUUCUUACACCACGUCUCUCUACCCAAGCUUAUGUUUAAGAUCGAAGGAAAGCACGCACAACACAAUUUAUGAGAAAAAUACUACUUCAUUUGCUGUUUUCUGUUAAAUAUUGUCAGUUAUAAAAUUAUUAAUAACAGUGACUACCCAUAUAAAAGUAUCAUCGUAUAAAAUUGAUAAUUUAAUCAAAUA